GCCGUUUCCCCUCACGGCCAAGAUGGCGGCGCGGCGCGGCUCCUCCAAAGCCCGAGCUCCGAAUCGCCUGCGGGCCCCGAAUCGCGACCGGCCCCGGGUCCGCAAUCGCGACAGGGCGGACGCGGAGCCCCCCGGCCGCGUGUACCUGCCCGGGACGGGGCCGCCGCUGGGCCCCGACGAGGAGCUGGUGAUGGAUGAGGAGGCGUACGUGAUGUAUCACCGCGCCGGCACCGGGUCGCCGUGCCUGAGCUUUGACGUGGUGCGGGACGGGCUGGGGGAGGGGCGCGAGGAGCCCCCGCUGUCGGUGCUGCUGUGCGCGGGAACCCAGGCCGAGACCCCCGGGGCCAACCGGGUGCUGCUGCUGCAGAUGCAAAACCUGCACGGGCUGCGGCGGGGGAAGGGCGGGGACAGCAGCGACAGUGACAGUGACAGCGACAGCGACAGCGACCAGGACGGGGAGGGCAGGGAGCCACAGCUGCUGCUCAUCAUGGCCCCCCACUACGGGGGCAUCAACAGGCUGCGGGUGACGUCCCUCGGGGGGUCCCCGGUCGCGGCCGUGUGGUCGGAGCGGGGCCAGGUGGAGGUGCUGGCUCUGAGGGGGGCCCUGGGGGCCCUGGGGACGGAAUUUGGGGAGGGGGAUUUGGGGAGGGGGCCCAAGAGCGUCCAGCAGGGAGCCCUGCCCGCGCUCGCCACCUUCAGCGGCCACAUGGACGAGGGGUUCGGGCUGGACUGGAGCCCCCUGAGCCCAGGCCGGCUGCUGUCCGGGGACGUGCGCGGGCGCAUCCAUCGCUGGGAGCCGCGCGAGGGCGGCUGGGCCGUGGACCAGCGGCCGCUGCUCGGCCACGGCGGCAGCGUCGAGGACAUCCAGUGGUCGCCCAGCGAGGCCUCGGUGUUCAUCUCGUGCUCCUCGGACGCCUCCAUCCGCGUGUGGGACGUGCGGGCGCCGCCGGGCCGCGCCUGCCAGCUCGCCGUGGCCUCGGCGCACGACGGCGACGUCAACGUGCUCAGCUGGAGCCGCCGGGACGCGGCCGCGCUGCUCAGCGGCGGCGACGACGGCGCCCUGCGCCUCUGGGACCUGAGGAGCGUGCGGAGCAGCCCCUCGAGCGUGGCCACCUUCAAGCAGCACCGCGGGCCCAUCACCUCGGUGCAGUGGCACCCGGGCGAGAGCGGCGUGCUGGCGGCGGCGGGCGAGGACGACCUGGUGACCCAGUGGGACCUGGGCGUGGAGAGAGACCCCCAGGACGUGGGGCAGGGGGCCGGGGAGGGCGAGGGGCUCUCGGAGCUGCCCCCCCAGCUGCUGUUCCUGCACCAGGGCGAGAGGGAGGUGAAGGAGCUGCACUGGCACCCGCAGUGCCCGGGGCUGCUGCUGUGCACCGGGCGCGAGGGCAUCGCCGCCUUCCGCACCAUCAGCGUCUGAAUUGGGGUGAAAACAUCAAAAACUGGGUUAAAAUACCCAAAA